GCUGGUUCCAGCACUGUGCCACAUCUUCACCGUGGUGCUACUGGCUGGUGGUGCAACCAGGUAUGCAGUACCGCAGACAGCUGACCGGAACGUGGACCUGCUCUCCCAGGAUGCCAUCAAGAGCGCAGUGGAGACCAUUUCGAAGUUCCUGAACGUGAUCUCAGAAAAGGUGCGUGACGUUGUCCUGUGGACUAGCUCGGAGAUGACCAUUACAGCCGUGUUCGUCCUGCAGCUCGUGAGACUCGUCUCGCCCUAUUUUGGUGCCUUUUUCUUCGUCUGGAUGAUAGGAAAUGUGCUGUUCGUGGCGCCUUACGUGUGGAAGGCCAAGAAUGCAGAGCUGCAUCAGUAUGUCGGGCCCUACAUCAAGCAGGCUGUUGCCAUGAAGGAUGACCUAUUGGCAAAGGUGCCAAAAUACACGGAUGUGGUCAAGGAAGAGUGUAAAGAGUCGGGCAGCGCUGCCUGCAACUUUGUGCGGCUGGUUGGGGGCAGUUACGAGAGGGCACUGCAUCACAGAAGGCUGCACAGCAAGGGGGCAGAGCUGCCUCUGCAAGAGUGGAAUGCCAUGUCCAGAUCUGUUUGCUACGCGUUCGGAGGCUCUGCAGGUCUCUGUGUUUCAAAACCCGACGUGAGCACGUAG